AGGUUGGCGGCAAGCUGGAUAGCAGCAUGUUUUGGUAUGACUUCAUCUAUGAGGGCGAGAGGGAAGGGCAAUGGACUCCGUGGUUGACUUUUGCUCUCGUCGUGCCAACUGUGGACUCCAUUCGUUUGACGCACACGUUCUCCACGCUCCUCUUGAAGGACGAGCAUGUCAUUGUUGCUGGAGAGACUGGCACUGGAAAGUCCGUUUACUUGUCGUUGUGGUUGCAGAAGGAUGCUCUAGAAUCCAUCAUCCCGCUCUCUAUCAAUUUCUCCGCUCAGACACAUGUGAACCAACUGCAGGAUCUGUUGAAUUCGAAGUUUGAGAAGAGGCGACAUGGUGUUUACGGGCCACCUGCUGGCGAGAAGAAUGUCAUUUUCAUCGAUGAUCUGAACACGCCAAAGAAGGAGUACUACGGUGCUCAGCCACCCAUCGAGCUAAGCAGGCAGUGGAUGGAUUACAAUGGCUGGACACCAGACCACCAACACCCCAACCAUAAGGAAGAUCGACGGAUGUGAAUUUGUCAGCUCGGGCAAAACCUCAAAUGAAGGCUUUGGAUGGCCAUGAAUUACGUGACCACCAUGGAGAUUUCUCCUGUGAAGUUGAACCUUGAAGCUGAAGAACACUGUCCUGACACAGUUUCUUUGGCUUCCAUGGUGCCAUUCUGGGACAGCUCUGCCCUGCUUGAAAGGUCUUUUCUCACACAGACCAUCCAAGUUGAUUCGUGUAAGCUUCCAGGUCGAUGGUUCGUCAAACGUUGAAUGUCUCCAUCUAUCCUCAGAUCAGUUGAGCAUUCUCAAACCACUGUAACCGUU